AAAUGCCACAAGCUUGUUAUUAGCUUAAUGUCUCUAGAGUGAAUGAAAUAUUUUAUGUAGGUUGUCUAUCAUUACAUCAUUAUGUAUACUGAGGUGAAGCACAAUUUAAAUCAGUGGUAAAGCUAGCUAACCCUAUUUAGAAAAGAGAAACAUAGCUUGGAGUUUAGAGGUUUUUGCUUAAGUACUCAAGUAAGAUAUAGAAAACACCCUGUUUGAGAUCUGGACCUGCAGCAGUGCUAACCACAAUGCUACAUUACUACCUCUUUUAGUUUUUAAUUUAUGGCGAGUUCUCCAUUGAAGAAUCUAGUCCAAUCUGUUUCAAAAAUAAGAAUGAAAGAAGAAAACAAAUUAAUAAAUUUCUUAUUUAUAAUAACUGACGACACAUUGGUUAAAACCCUUUUCUUCAAGAAAAACUGUGGUUUGAGAGGUUUAGCAAUCGGGAACAUUAAAUCAUUAAGCUUAAUACUGGGAUAGAAAUAGACACAGGCCAGAUUUGAAGAUAAAAAAAACACAAAGUCUACUUAUUAUGGGCAGAUUAUCUUUUUUUCCCUUCAAUAUUUAGAAAGACUCCACAGAUUUAUUUCCAUGUGGCUGCUUGUUGGUCUAAUUUCCUGUCAAAGCAGUUGGCACUAAAAUAUUUUAUUAACAUUGAAUGGCCUUGCCCCUUCUGCUCAAUUUAAAGCUGAAGGGGAAAGUCGAAUCAAUUGAUUCUGUUACUGUAUUUCAGGGCAUUUUGUGGUGGGACAUGCUCUGAAAACAAAACGCCCCUUUUGCUUGAUAUUGCUUUUCCCAUAUCAUUACAAGCUCUACUCUACUUCAUGCCUUUCUGAAACAAUUAAUGUGAAAGGCUGAUGAGGGGUGGAUAGGCCCCCCUUCCCUACCUUCAGUACAGACUCUGGUCACCUUGCUGGGGGCAAUGGGCAAGUUUACUUAUAGAGACUGAGUAACAUAGUUUUAACCAGUGUGCCCAUGAUGAUCCGACCUUUGUGAUCCUCCAUCAUUGCAAACAGUGGGCCCUGUCCUUGGUGCCUGCCUGGUUGGCUGCUGUAUUUCAUACAUUCUUCUUUUCUCUGGGGACUCCCGCAGUGACCACACUCCCUCUGUACAUUAAAAUAAAAAAAAUGGAAUCUAAAGUCUCAGAAGGCGGACUGAAUGUUACUCUAACCAUCAGAUUGUUGAUGCACGGCAAAGAAGUUGGCAGUAUUAUUGGCAAGAAAGGAGAGACUGUUAAGAAAAUGCGUGAAGAGAGUGGAGCGCGCAUCAACAUCUCUGAAGGGAAUUGUCCAGAGCGAAUUGUUACUAUCACUGGUCCAACUGAUGCAAUAUUUAAGGCUUUUGCUAUGAUUGCUUACAAAUUUGAAGAGGAUAUAAUUAAUUCAAUGAGCAACAGUCCAGCUACCAGUAAACCUCCAGUCACACUUCGAUUAGUUGUACCAGCUAGCCAGUGUGGAUCAUUAAUUGGGAAAGGAGGAUCAAAAAUAAAAGAAAUCCGAGAGUCAACAGGAGCUCAAGUUCAGGUAGCUGGGGACAUGUUACCCAAUUCAACAGAGCGUGCCGUGACAAUCUCUGGAACACCUGAUGCCAUCAUUCAGUGUGUUAAACAGAUUUGUGUGGUCAUGCUGGAGUCCCCACCGAAAGGUGCCACCAUUCCCUACCGCCCAAAGCCCGCCUCCACCCCCGUCAUUUUUUCAGGUGGCCAGGUAAGAGCCGACCCGCUGGCAGCGUCUGCAGCCAACCUCAGCCUUUUACUGCAGCACCAGCCACUGCCUGCAUAUACUAUUCAGGGACAGUAUGCCAUUCCUCAUCCAGAUCAGUUGACCAAGCUCCACCAGUUGGCUAUGCAGCAAACCCCCUUUACUCCCCUUGGACAGACCACCCCUGCUUUCCCUGGUUUGGAUGCCAAUCCCCCGGCCAGUACUCAUGAACUCACCAUUCCCAAUGAUCUAAUAGGCUGCAUAAUCGGACGCCAGGGAACCAAAAUCAACGAGAUCCGACAGAUGUCUGGAGCACAGAUCAAAAUUGCUAAUGCCAUGGAAGGCUCAACGGAGCGUCAAAUCACCAUCACAGGAUCCCCUGCCAACAUUAGCCUCGCCCAGUACCUCAUUAACGCAAGGCUGACGUCUGAGGUCACUGGAAUGGGCACACUCUAAUUUCUACCCAUCAUCCUUCACUUGACUCUCCUGAGCCAAUGGCAUUGAACCUAGCUUAUUCUCUCUGUAUUCUGCUGUCCUGCAUUUGAGUGAUACCAUAUUUAUACCACGGAAAUGCAUAGCUAUGCAUAUUUAAAGAUUCCAAUAUAGUGUUCCUUCUUCCAUUCCUGAGUUGCUAACAGAUGCUCCAGACCUGCUUGUCCAAUGUUUUUUAGGACUCCAUCAUUUUUUGACACUCUAGUACAUAUAUACCAAUAUUUGGUGCUCUGCAUUAACAUCAUUUUGCUUUAUUGAUGCAUAUUAUUUAUUUUAAUUUUUUUUUCUAUGUACAUUGUGCUCUGUAGGUGCUUGGUAGCCUAUUUGUAGGCAGUCUGUGUUGCACCAUGGUUAUUUAAAUAACUAAAAUGAAACUGACUAAUGUAAAAUGUCAUUAAUCAUGAUCUGCUUCAUCAAUAUAUCUUACCACCAAUAAUUAUCUUUCACAAAUGCAAAACACUGUAAAUUGAAUGUGUGUAGUAAGUGUAAUGAGUGUGUUUGUAUGCAUUUUGUUUUUUUGCUUAUUUCUGCAUUCUUUUUUUUUUAAAGUCAGUGUUGGUGAAUUCAUUUAAUUACUUCACUGUUGUCCAGUGAUUGGGCAGGCUUCUGCAGGGUGUGAUUUCAAACAUUUAACCAAUAAAUGUGUUACAGAUGAUCACAUAAUUAGUGACUAAAAGCAUGAAGACCAAGUAUAGCCUGUUUACCCACAUUUUAUUUGCUUAGCAUUAUGCAGCAUGAUAUAAAAGUAAUGUCACAUUAAGUAAUCAAAUUGUAUUCUUUCAAGUCAGUUUGGCAUUUUAAUCUUUAGAACUAUAAUAACAUUAAUGAAAAUAAUGACACUAAUGAUCCAGAUAUGACUGAAGAAACUAGCAGUUCUUAGUCAUUUUCCUUGUUAAGAAAUAUUAGGAUUGUGCAUACCUUAAUAAUAAUUGGAGCCUUGUUUCAUACUUUAGUGAAAAAAAUCUGACAUUAAUCAUGAUGAUCAACAAUUAUUCAUUGGAAGUAAUGACAUAGUUGACUUCUUUGAAACAAAACAAAAUGGUAUAUUAAAAAAAAUGGAAGUUGAGAAUAUUAGUUUAUAUAGGAUGAAGUAGUUUGUUUUCAAAGUUAAUGUUCUUUUGCUUGCACUGACCUCACAUCAGAAGAUGGUAUGAAUGUUUUAACAUUAAAGCAUGUAUGUUCAAAUAUACAGAAUGUGACAUAUUUAUGUAAAGGCAAUUUACAUACCACCCCAUCAAGCCAUGCUAGAAAGGCCCAACAUUUUUAAAAAAAGAUAACUUUUUGAUCUCUGUCUCUCCAGGCAAAAGGAGAAAUGCCUACCACAAUCACUUUGCAUAGUAUAUCCUUUUGAUAUCAGCUGUUUUCUCUUGCGGUAUCUUGCUAUCUAAUAUCAGUUAGAAAAGUAUGACUAAAAGUGAAUUAGAAGGGUAAUGAAAAAAAAUACAAUAAUGUAUGUCUGAAAAUAGCCUCAAACAUAAAAAUUAUUCCAGUAAUUUUGCCUGCAUUAAUGUCAUUGUUACAGUUUGCUGUCACUUCACACAUAGACGUUUAUGCUGAUAAGCUGUUACUGCAGUGGUCAAGUCCUGGAACAAAUCAACCAUGCCACUCACUAAAAUAUCCAUCCCUAUUAAUUCUUACAAAUGACUUAACUGUUAACCCACACAUAAAAAGAUAAAAUUUAAAAAUAUAUUUUAGUAAUAAAUGAAAGAGUAGAAUUUUAGCAAGCUUUGCAGUGAGUGAAUAUAAUUACAUGCAAUUUGAGACAAAAAACCAAUGAGGGAGAACUCAUUGUUUAUGCCAUAUUUUAAAAUUGGUUACUUAUUCAAAAUUUAUUACUAGAACUUUAAUUAUGAAACAGUGUAAAGCUGAUUGAUUUUUGAGUUUAUAAUCCCUUUGUGCUAGAGUCUAAUUUAUGUAUUUGAGUUCUUGAAACACAUGUACUUGCUUUUAAUUUCCUUACAUAUAGUAUCUAUCCUAUCUAUCUAUCUCUACUACAAAAAUGGAGAUACACACCCAGAGCACAUCAUUACCUUCAGCAUAUUUCAUAGAUGAAGUAGUACAGUAGCUGUGGGUCAUUGGCAAUUCCUUUGUCCUUUACUCAGUUAAUCACCAAUAUUGGGCCAGGCUUAAAUACUCUGGACUUGUCAUUACUACCAUCAUGUUUCCCAGAUGAAGUAGUAAGUAGCUGAUCAGAAUGAGUUCCUUUGCCUUUACUUUAAACUUGCCACCACUUUGGUAAAGAUAUGUCUGUGUUUCAUCUGCAUAGCACACUCCACUGCACACCUCAAGUUCUCUGUAAUUGCUGUAUUUGUACUGUAACAUAUACUUCUCCAAAUUCUUUUUAAAGUACACUUAUGAAAGGUUUGUAACUCGUGAUUUGUUUUUUUUUUUUUUAUAAUUUUUAUGACAACAUGGUUACAAUACUUUCACUUCUCUGUGGAGGUUAAUUGUUUCACAGAGCAUACUUUAUGAAUACGGUUGUUUCUAUUGGCAGACCUGAUCACACCAAUUGUUAAGUAUACUAGUGUUUUCUUUUUCAAAUAUUCCAAAUAGUUGAUUCUUCUUUGACAACUUUCGGUGCUGUGGUGCUUCCUUUCUUGUAUGGUUCUCCUGUCUUUUCUAGUUGUUUCAGGUAUGCUUCACAUUCACAGUCAACUUAACAAGAAACACCUGGCAGCCAAUCUGUUCUUUUGCCUCAUUCCAUUUGUUCACCUCAAAUAAAAAUGAUUUGUGUUUGCAAAAGAUGACAACUUUGACUUUACUGUCAGUCUACUUUUGGAAUCCACUGAUUCUGCAUAUAUAAAACCAUCAUUCAUAUUGACACGUUUAUACUUUAUAAAGUAUAUUUUGUAUGUUCAAUCUAAAAAAAUAUUUUGAAGACUAUUAAAGCAGUAGAUAAACACACAACUGCAGUAUGUGCUUGCAAAAAAGGCUUGCAUACCUGGAGGAUUCAUAUAUGUGCUCAAUUUCCAUGGGUCUAAAUAAGCAUUUUCUAUUUGACUGUAUGCAAUAAGGAAUCUACAGGGUAAGCAACAUGUAUUUGAUAUUGCUGGCAUGGGAGUGCAGAUUAGCUUCCUUGUAACAAUCAGAAAAGACGAACAGAAUUUAAAAUAAAGCAACAAAUGUAAAUUAGAAUAAUGUACAGAAAUUUCAGUUAAAGUAGUAUUUAAAACCAGCAUCAAGCACAUUUACAACACUGUUAAAUGACUUGCAGUAACAUUUUAUAUUAGGUGUCUCUAACUAUAAUGUAUUUACAUAGUAAGUGCCUGCUUUGAGUUGAGAAAUAGUAUUGAUGAAUUCAAAGGUAUAAUAUUUGUAUCACAGUGUUUGUAUAGAAUUUUACACUGGCUACUUGGUUCACACAUACAGGAAAAUAAAAUAGUACUGCAUGCGUAAUACCUAGAAAAACACUGUAGUUUGCAGAACAUUAUGGAAUAAUCCCAAGUAUGUGGUCAUUAUGGUAAUUUUUGUAUGGUAAACUUCUAACGAUAUAUACAGUAUGCUCUCUUUUUUUAAUCAAAUAGAACAACAGUACUAAUUCUUAAAAGGCAUUGGGAAUAAACGUGCAACAACUAGUCAAAUUCCUUACUUUGCAGAAUGGUCAUUUUAGUUUGAUAAUUGACCAAAAAAUACAAUCUUUCCAGAAAUAGUUUGCAUAAAUAUAACACAGUUGUUUUCAUAUUUAAAAUGUGCAUGUAAACUGUAAAAAUGUUUGCAAAUAAAAAAUAUUGUGUAUGUGGAUGAGUUUUAUAUGAUAGUCCAUUCUGUGCUGGAUUAGACUAUAUAUUAUAUUUCACAUUUCUCAAAAGUAGUGUUCUUGACACACUGUUCAAGUUAAAGUUACAUAAAUCAGUUAUAAAUUAAUUUAUGAACCAAUAACUCAAUUUUAGAUUUCUAAAAGCUUUGGAUUGUUGGGAUCAGUAAUGGAAUGCUUGAUGCACUUGGGUUAAUGCAAAAAUCAGAGCUGAAGUAAUGCUAAUUACAGUAUAUUCUACUGAUGUCUUACAUAAUUUUUAAAGUUGGAUGCAUUAUUUAUAUUUAUAUUACAUAUACAUAAACAUAUAUGACUUCUCUUUUACAUAAAAGUAAAACAUUCAUUUGAAAUAUGAGAAUUCUAGCCUUGCCAUUAACACAUUCAGUCACCAUUGAUGUUUUCUGUCAAUAUAUAAGUGCAUCUUUAAAGUCUACAAAAGUCCAAAUAUGUGUUCUCAAAAUAUUAAAUUAAAUAUUCCAAAGUCAAAGAAAACAAAUAAUUAAAGCUUUAAAAGAUUUAAGAGCUAAUUUAAAUUAAACAGAGAAUAAUUUCCUAAUGAUGAAGUAACUAACUUAUACAAAGUAAUAAGCUAAACUUCAAGUACAAUUUAACAAAGAAAUAUAUACAAUUACAAAUAGCAAUGAGCAAAAAUCGAAUACUAAUGACAUUAAAUAAAAUGGAAGAAAACUAAGACAAAAAACAAACUCAUAAUAAACAUGGCAUUACCUAACAAAGGUCAAAACACAGAUCCAUACAUGUAUACACUGACCUAAGUUUGAUUAUAGACUAAGCCUAAUUUGCCUGUCUGAGACAAAAAAUUACUAAUUUAACAUACUGUAUAUUACAUAAAUGGACAAAGUACCAUUUUUAACCAGACAGAUCUAAUUUGAACAUCUUUAGUCAAAGUGCCCACUGAAUCAUUUGGAUCUCAUUGAAUAUAGUAUUGCCAAUAAGCACAUUGGCUUAUAUUAUUCAAAAACGUUCUCUGCAUUAUUUUAACAGUUAUAGUUUGCUGUUAUAUUAUGGAUCGUCCACAAUUCUUUAUUUACUGGUUACAACUUUUUUUGUCAUUGCUCUAGCUUUGGUACCACAGUACGUACUUGCAGUACAUCAUACUAGAAGUCAUUUUGCUUUCUUGUGCAUGACCAGUCAAUUAAAUUUAAACCAAAGGAGUAGUCAUCAGAACAGAGAGAGUAUGUGUUAAAUCUAUCAUUUAUGAAUUAUUUCAGGAAAAUUUUAAGUGUUAAAUAAAAUAACAUCAUUCUCUACUUUCAAAAAUUUGGUAAGAACUUAUAUAGAAAUAUAGAUGAAAUAAAAAUUACAUUAUUGUUUAAACAUGAAUUUAAUUGCAAUGAAAGACCUAAAGAAUUGUAGCUUUUUCUAUUUUAGAUUAUAGACACAGCUUAAAAAUACUGGCAGGCAUAGAAUGGAAGUAGAGUGUGUUUACUUGAUGGGAAAUUGGUUGUUUAAAAUGUUUCCCAUGUUUGGUUCUUGUGAACUGUAAUUUAUUUACUUGCUUCCUUAUUUAAUUAUAGGAAAUAUGUGUGUAUUUAAGUGUAUCCAUAUAGGUAUUGUAUUCUCAAGCUGUCAUCACCGUUUAUUUAAUUUCUAUCUAUUAUCUUUAAAUUAAGUAGAUUUACAAGCACAACAAGAUGCAUUUUUAGCUCACGCAUUUAAGCUAGCUUUUAUCUUUGCGGCAUUUAAAUCAGCUUGUUGGAGGGAAUCUGUUUGGGAACAAUCAAGUCUGAAUAGGGUGAACAGUCUCUUUAAACUGCAAUGUUUAUUGUGUUCAACACAAGAAUUGGAUAUGGACUUAAGCCUCACAUCCUAUCCAGGCUUGAAAAGAGCUCAUUCCUAUUUGUGUCAUUCUGCCUUUUAAAGCAAUAUGCUUUUUAAUUUGACUUCCAUUAUUAGCUUAGGUUUGCCACAUCAAGAGGUAUUCAUCUAUCUGGCUUCAACAGUUUGAAUUAACAAUAAAUAUUAAUAUACACUUUUCAUAGCGUGAAGACGUUAGAUUAUUCUAUUAUCAUGCAUGAGACUCUUUAUCAAACCAUGUUUAUACCUGAUUUACCCUUUUUUUCCAAUUUUUGUAGCUUUUUACCAUGUACUAGAGCAGCAAAAAAUGAUCCUGCUAUGUUUGUGAUUAUGUAUCCCCUGCAUUCUGAAAAUGUAACUAGUACAGUAUUUUGUUUUUAUUUUUAUUUCAAUAAUAAGCUGCUUGCAAAUGAUAUUAGAUUUAAAUGAUUCAAAUUAGUUGACACCUCAAAUGUUUUGUAAAAAAAAAAAAAAAUAAUAAACUAACUUUCUUUAUCCCAAUGGUAAUUC